AUGUCGGGGUCACCAAGUGCUGAUGGGAAACUGGUCAACACGGUCUCUCAGCAUGAGCAUAAUAGGUGGAAAGCACACAUCGAUGGUGCAGCAAACCAAAGGGGCUCAGGAGUGGGGCUUGUUCUAGUCUCUCCCGAAGGGAUAACCAUAGAGAAGUCGCUGAGGCUCGGAUUCUCUGCCACGAAUAACGAAGCCGAGUAUGAGGCACUGUUGAAGGGGAUGUCAAUGAUUUGGAAAUUGGGUGGAAAAUGCGCAAGCAUCUUCUCAGACUCGAGACUCGUUGUGGGACAAGUAAAUGGGGAAUUGGAGGCGAAGGAUGAAAGGAUGCAAGGUUACCUGGCCCGGGCUAAACACGUGCAGACCCAUUUCGAUGACUUCCGUGUAACCCAUAUACCCAGGAGUGGGAACACCCAUGCUGACUCUCUCGCAACACUGGCCACCUCCUCUGCUCAGCUCCUUCCGCGGGUUAUUUUAGUUGAAGAUCUCUGCCGCCCAACAACAGAGAAGGCUAACGGAAUUCGGGUACAUAACGUCAGGGUAGGACCUAGCUGGAUGGACCCCCUGGUGCUGUUCUUAAAGCACGACACCUUGCCGGACGAUAAGGUUGAGGCUGACAAGAUCAGGAGGAAAGCUUCUCGAUUCUGGCUGUCCGAGGACUCCAAGCUUUACCGACGCUCAUUCUCGGGGCCAUACCUGCUGUGUGUGCACCCAGAGGCUACAGAACUCAUACUGGAAGAGUUACACGAAGGGAUCUGUGGAAGCCAUACGGGGGGGUCGUUCCCCAAAGCGGCUGGGAACAAGAAGUUUCUUCUCGUUGGCACCGAUUACUUCACGAAGUGGGUCGAAGUUGAGGCGCUGGCAAACAUCAGGGACGUCGAUGUCAAGAAAUUUGUCUGGAAAAAUAUUAUCACUAGGUUCGGGACCCCGCACACCCUGAUCUCGGACAACGGCCUCCAAUUUGACAGCAAGGCCUUUAGAGAAUAUUGCAAUGAGCUGGGGAUUAUCAACCGAUACUCCACACCGGCCUACCCACAGGGUAAUGGACAGGCAGAAGCCAUCAACAAAACCAUAGUCCACGGGAGAAACCCCCUUUCAUUGACCUACGGAGCCGAGGCUGUCAUCCCACUGGAGAUAAACUUCCCCACCCAGAGGACUACUGCCUUCAACCCCAUUGCUAACAACAGCCUUCUGGAAAAAAGCCUGGAUCUCCUCGAAGAGAGAAGGGAAAGUGCGAUGGUUCACCUAGCUUAUUAUCAGCAAAAGCUCAAACAGGGCUACGACGCCAAGAUGAAGUCAAGGCCCUUGACGCUCGGGGAUCUAAUGCUGAGGAAAGUCCUGGGCACCGCAAGGAACCCUGCAUGGGGAAAGCUUGGACCAAACUGGGAGGGCCCAUACCGUAUCACAUCCGUAGCCGGCAUUGGGGCAUACUUUUUGGAAGACUUGGACGAACAUGUAGUACCACGUCCGUGGAAUGUAAAUAACCUGAAAAGGUACUGCUAUUAA